UCCUUUUCCAGUCAAAUGACCUCCGGUGAAAGUCCCCUUUGGACGCUGAAACCGCCUCUUCAGGACUCGUCUUCACCACUAGACCAAGAACCAAUCGAAGUUCGAAAGCUUAGAAAAUGGCAGGAACAACGGGUAGCCAAAAAAUUACGCGGUGAUCAUGAGUCUGCUACGCUGCAUCUUGCGGACUUGAUUAACAACAGUCUCCUUGCGCCUCUCUGCGUUGCCUCCGUACGCGUUGAAGGGACACACAAAACUCGGCCUUCCUUCUUAGGCUUCUUAAUUAAUCCCAUCGUGUCACCCAGCUCAGGGGGGUCUCUGCAGGGUCCGCAGGAUGUGCAAUCCGUAUUACACGCUACAAGACAUAUAUCCGACGUUCUACAACGCGCCGAUAUCUUUCAUUCCGUUUCAGCCAAGAUUGAACGUUCGAAGGAUGAAUUGUAUCCUCCAGAAGCGGUAGACCUUGUUUUUCAAGUGCGCGAAAAGGGAAGGUUUUAUUUGAAGACUUCUACGGAAUUGGGAAACAAUGAGGGUAGUGCAAGCGCAAUAGGCCGCAUUCGUAACGUUUUCGGGGGUGCAGAGACAUUCGAAGCUAACAUGUCCUUGGGGACAACCACUCGGAAGUCAUUCAACACCUCGUUCUCCUUACCGAUCACCCCUGACCUCAACACGUAUGCCGAGAUCGGGGCGUUUGGGUUGUCCAGAGACUAUUCAACUUUCGCGAGCUGUUCCGAAACUUUGCGUGGUGUCAAGGCGCUUGUUAGGCACGGAGAACCAUCGACUGGGUCCCAUGAAUUGGCGUAUCAAGCUGUUUUAAGAAACCUCGGGAAUCUUUUGCCAACUGCGUCUAUCAGUAUUCGAGAAUCAGCAGGCCAAACAUCUAAGUCCUCUAUAUCCUACACCUACUCCUUCGAUAAUCGAAAUGACCGUAUAACUGGCACGCGUGGGUUCUAUACGAAAUUGUUCCAGGAAUUCGCUGGGCUGGGUGGAGAUGCUUCGUAUUUCAAAGCAGAAACUGAGAAUCACAUUUCAAGAUCGGUUUUACCUGGGUUGACUGUAGCACUCUCAGCCUGUUCAGGCCUUCUGUGGAGCUUCUCACCGACACCAAGUCUGUUCCCGGAUCGAUUCCAGCUCGGAGGUCCGCUCUCCGUGCGUUCCAUGAGGUUCGCAGGUCUGGGACCUAGAGAUGGCUUGGAUUCUCUAGGCGGAGAUCUAUACUGGUCUGCUGGUUUGAGCGUCAUCUCCAACAUUCCCAAAAAGGGACACUGGCCGCUCAAGACGCAUAUGUUUCUAAAUGCUGGACGUUUAGAUAGUAUUGAUAAAUCCCGUAACUUCGUCGAAAAUAUUCAGCGUACCAUCUCCCAACCGUCGAUAUCCGCCGGGAUUGGGCUGAUAUAUAAAUUUGAACCUAUACGGAUGGAAGUGAACUUCGGUCUUCCACUGGUUACUAGUAAGAGCGAUGGUACGAGGAAAGGAAUACAGGUUGGGAUAGGACUAGAGUUUUUAUAAAAUUUAUAAUAUCUAUACUUACUCAUGAUUACCCCUUCUCGUUCGAAUAAAACCAAAAAUUCUCAGUAUAAGAAAUCGUACAAGGCGGAGGGCAACAGAUACA